AUGCGAUUAAUACUUAGUCAAUUCUAUGCCUUCAUCGCUAUUUUAACCAUUUUACGUAAUAUUAAGGUCACUGCUUCAUCUUCCUUUGAAAAAUCAACAUCUGGUUUAGUUUCCAUUAAUGCAUAUCCUUUUGGAUCGAUCGCGUCUUGCAAGCAGAUUCCUCAAGCAGCUGUUAAUUACUGUGGGCUUAAUUAUAAAACGGCGGCGAGUUCUGCCAAUCUCGCUCCAGAAUUAACCUUAGUUAUAUACCAUAUUCUGAUGGUUAUUACUAAUCUUCCUAAUAUUCAAGCGUCGGAUCAAUGUGUUCAAAAUGUUAAACAUUUGUACUGUGGUUUAGUAUUUCCGCGCUGCGAUGCCAGUAAAAGUCAAAUUACGUUUAAUACAACCAACUGUUAUGAGGCUACUGGAGCAUGUUCAUCGGUAGUUAACAGUGUUAUUCGACGAAUUAAACUAUGUCAGUUUGCUCCACAUGGCAAUUUUGAAUUGGACACCUGCGUGAAACCUCCUACUAUCAGCUAUCUUCACUGCCCUAGUAAUCCAAAUCUUGUUACUGUACCUAAAUAUCUAAUACUGAAUCGAAUUUUAGUCGAUGUAGCCACAACAUAUGAUGUGGAUCUCCUCAGGGAUAAAGGAGCUACAGAGCAAUGUAUUCAAAAUUAUGUUAAUUUAUUAUGUCAAUCGAUACCAUUCUGCUCCCCAGAUAAGAAAUCAUUAAUGACAACAGUGACCAAAGAAAUGUGCUAUAAUGCUGUAAACUGGAAGAGCUCAAUUUCUACAUUUGAAUAUAAAUGCCUUGUUACUCCUUGCAAUAACUUUACUGUGUUUCCAUACCAUUCUUCUGGAGUGAUUAAGUUUAUUGGAAUGCUUAAUAUUGAAUAG